AUGACUAUCAAUGUGUUGAUUGUGGGAGCGUCUCGUGGCAUUGGCGCGGAGCUUGCCAAACAAUUCGCCGCGGUCCCAAAAUACAACGUCAUUGCGGCAGUUCGUACCUUACCUACAGACACCAAUGCAGACAUCAGUUCGAAUUACGGGCGUAUCCAAUUAGAUCAGACAUCCCCAGAGUCAGUGGCCGCCGCGGCCAAACAUGUCGACUCGGUCGAUAUCCUGAUCCUCAACGCAGCAAUUGGAGGUGAAGAGUACAUGGCAACCACGUCGGACGAGCGACUCCUGGAAUAUCUCGCAAGUAAUGUUGUUGGCCCUCAUCGAGUCAUUAGAGAAUUCUUGCCAGCAUUGAGAAAAGCAUCGGGGUCUUUGGCGAGACAAGUCGAAGCACACCCAGGCUUUGCAGGCCCUUAUUCGGUCAGCAAAGCAGCGGGAAACAUGUUGGUGGUGCAGUAUCAGAACGAACUUCGAGGCGAGGGAAUUUGUGUGGCAGCUUUGCAUCCUGGCUGGGUUGCAACGGACAUGGGCAAUUCGGCGGGUGAUGGGGGAAUGCCAGUGGCUCAAUCUGUGGAAGGCUUGAAGAAGGUUAUCUUGGGGCUGAAGCUUGAGAGUGAUGUAAAGUAUCUGAAUUAUGAUGGCACUCCUAUACCAUGGUAG